AUGAAAAGAUUAACUUUUUAAACAAUUGUAUCAGAUAAUCAACAAGAAGAUUUUGGAACAUCUCAUAGUAAAAUAGAAAAUUGGAAUAGUUAAUUAACAAAGAAAUCAAGAGUGAGGACUGAAAUAUCAAUCUAAAAUAGUUGUAUUGUUAAAAAAACAAAUUCCAUUGGAGAUUUUGAGGAUUAAAUGAAUGUUUAAUUGUAAAAAAUAAAAGAUGAAAUAUCUUCAAUAAAAUAGAAAUUAUCUUAAUAAAAAUCAGCAAUUGAAAAUUUAUCUAAUAAAUUGUAAAAAAAGGAAGAAGAAGUAUUAAUACAUUUUAAUUAAGAUAGAAUAAUUGGAAGAAAAAUCAACUAAUUUAGCAAGAGAGAUGAGUUAGAUCGUUUAAUAUUUAACUAAUUCUAAAUAAAAUGGAAAUCAACUAUAAAAAAUACAAAAGAAAUAUCGAAAUGAAUGUAUUCAAAAACAAUAACAAUAAUAAUUUAUUGAUUAAUGUAUGAAUGAAUAUAAUGAGUAAUAUACAGAAUUAUGGAAAGUAAUAAACAAAAAGAAAAAAGAACGUUAUUUGAUAAAAAUAGAAAAUUAGAUUGGCAUCUAAAAGAAAAUAAAUUUAGAGAAGGAAUUAUAAAAAUAUAUAACCUUGGAAAAGUAAAAGAAAGAUAGUUUAUUAGAUUAUUUAUAUAGUUAAUGUAAUAUAUAGAAUUCUGGAGGUGCAGCAAUAAUGUAAAUAAUUCAAUUAAUUUAGAGAUAUAAUUCGUAAAGUUAAAUAAUUAAAUUAAGAUUUUGAUGUUUCAAAACUUCCAAGAGAACUUGAUGGAUUUGAAAGAUAGUAUUUAUUGAACAAAGUUCAUUUUGAGAGAGCUCGUAAACCAACAAUAACUUUGGAUGAGAGCUAUUCAUAAAAACUUAAAAUAAAAAAUAAUCAAAGUCCAAUAAAAUUAGAUUAUUUAAGAAAAAUAAUUGGAUAUGAUGCUUAUUCAUACAUACCUAUUUUAAAAGAUAAUCCAUUUAAAGAAAUAAAUAAAACAAUAACUAGAAAAAGACCUUAAAGAGUAAAGUCAUUGGAAAAUUGUAAAUAUGCAAGAAGAGAUUAUUCUAUUGAUUCUGUUUAUAUUAAAUGA